UUGCAGAUUGCAAGAGGAGACAACAGAAAGUACCUCAAAGAUGAAGACCUUGACUUCCUUGACAACAAAAAGGUCAAAGUUAUCUAUGUUUCCCCUAAAAAACAAGAAGAAAAGCAAAGAAUCUUCUUCCAAUCAUCAAGAAAAGAACCAUCAUACGAAGAAGAAGACAUCCAAGAACCAUCACAAUCCAAGUCAUCAACACUUGAUACAGAACAUAAAGAGAUUUAUGCAGCCAAAAUCUCCAUUUUUACAGAGAGAUUUCUCAAGCCAGCUCGAUUCAAGAACUCAGAAGUCUUCAGGCGCCUAAGAACAACAUAG